GCUGGAGAGGCUGCGUUGGCAUCCUUUGCCUUGGCUCUUUUUUCUCGCUUGAAAUGUGAAUUUAAAUGUUCAAACUAACAGAAAAGACGUCUAUUUGGCUCAGAAAUGUCAUGAAUGGAGUGUUUGUCGCGUCUUAAAAGACGCUGCGGGGGUUUAGUGGCUGUUUAAAAGUCUUCUUGGAGCUCAGCUGACAAUAGAGUCUUGGUUCCAAGUGUUGGACUGCAGGAUGGAGCAGAAUAAAUUCAAACCAAAGGGGGAGAUUCGUGUAAAUGUGAGGAGAAAUGUGCUCAUAUUUAGGCCCAUAACCUAGUUUUUUGACAUGGCAUUUUGGACAUUGGCUCAAUUUAAAGGCAAAUAUUGAUUUGAAGGGUUUGUGGUGCAUCUGUGGGCCUUUAAAUAAUGCUUUAUUGUAAUAACGUCACCCCCACACGUUGAAGCAACAUGGACGUGUCCUCUGCAGGGCUUGCUGGGAAGAAGGAGGCCGUGAGACAGUCGAGGUUGGCCAUUUGGAGAGGAGACACUUCCUUGGGUUGGAAUCUAGCAGCUAAGCCCUUCGGCCCAUCCAGGACACCUUUUCAAUUCCCGUGGGGAGCUCUCCAGGAAAAGACGUAAGCGCUCGAUCAGCCGUCACGUGCGGGCCAAGCAUCCGUGAAAGUCCAUGAUGGAAGAGGAGAUCGUGGAGGACCAGGCCAAGCUGAAGCAGGGCCUGGUCACAGUGCUGCGUUGCGUGGCCACCAUCUCCUCGGCCGCCGCCGUGGUCAACCCCAUAUUCGGCGUGGCGGGCUCGCUGGUCCGCGUGGUGCUGCACCACAUCGACGACGAGGACAUCCGCACGCUCAAGCGCGAGUUCGGCUCGGUCAACCGGAAGCUGGACACGCUCUCGCAGAACAGCUGCAGGGCGCUGGUGGAGAUCCAGAAGAAGACGCUGGACGGGCAGUUCAGCCCCGUGGAGGAGAACCUGAAGAACCAGUUCAGGAAGUACAUGGAGCUCCUGGAGGCGCGGCCGCAGCACAGCGAGCGCAAGAAGGAGGACUUUAUAGAAAGCUACGCCAACGACCUGGGCGACCAGAACCUGCACACGCUCUACGACGGCGUGGUGGGCAAGCGCAAGCUCUUCAGCAAGCCCAUCCUGGAGGUCUACCUCAAGCACUCUGACUACAACCGCCGCACCAUGGAGCAACUGUGCACACGCCUCACCUAUCUCUUCUGCAUCGGCCUCAUCGCCCUCAUGGGCUACACCGCCGUCAUCGGCGACGACGACGUCAGCCUGAGCGAGGAGUGGGUGGACAACAUGGAGCGUGUUCAGGAGAAGAUGCAAGAGGCGCUCAGCAGGUGCCACUGACCACAUUCCACCAUCAGGUCUCUGUUACAACUUAGCCUUUGUCCCAUUCUAAUAAUGGAAGCCAAUCACGUUCUAGAACAGGCUUGUGGGCGUGUCCAUUUGACAUGUCACCAGUUCAUUAAGCAAUCUGGCCCUAACUUCAAUUGAAAUAUAAUUGCCACAAUGUUGUCGCCAUCUUGCAAAUCAGGUUAAUGACCAUGAAUUGUGCCUGCACAGUAUUUUAAUAUAUGACCCAAUCCAAACCACCUGGCCCAUAAUCUGAGACAAAAAGUCAACACAUAGUCACACAUAACACUGAACUUUGUGGAUAUGAUGACAAAUGUCAAAGUACCAGGCAUAAUUCAAAAUUACACCCAUUUAAAUCCCCCGCAAUGCAUGAUGGGAAAAAUGCAAAACGCUCUCUCCGCUUUUUAGCUGCUUGAUAUUUCUAAAUGAUUACAAAUCUUUAAGGUCGUCGGGUAGAAGUCAAACUUUCACAUACUCUUAAUGUCCAAUUAUAUAUCAAUUAUAUAUCCAUUACAUGUAUACGUAAAUAUUGUGUGUGUGUGUGUGUGUGUGCGUGUGUGUACACACUAGAGAUGCGCAGAUAGGCAAUUAUUUCAUCCGCAACCGCAUCAGAAAGUCGUCAACCAUCCGCCAUCCACCUGAUGUAACAUUUGAUCAGAACCGCACCCGCCCGCACCCGCCCGUUGUUAUAUAUCUAAUAUAGACGAUGCAAGGCAUUAGUGAGGUUAUAAAGCUUUUGCCUGUUAAAGAAAGGAGACUGAUCCAAUGCAGCACAGACAUUCGCGUGCCACGCUGUCACGACCCAGACGCACACCAGUGCGCAAUCAUAUGGGAGCCGCGCUGAGCGCACCUCCAAGCGCGUCUCGCUGCCGGCGACGGCCGGGUAUGGGCCCGACGCUCCAGCGCCAUCCAUUUUCAGGGCUAGUUGAUUCGGCAGGUGGGUUGUUACACACUCCUUAGCGGGUUCCGACGUCCAUGGCCACCGUCCUGCUGUCUAUAUCAACCAGGGUGAGCCCCACCCCUUUCGUGAGCGCACUGCAACCGCGGAGUCCGCGGAUAAUCCGCGGACUCCGCGGUUGUGCCCGCAAACCGCGCAUCUCUAGUACACACACACAAAUAUAUACAUGAGAUACUUUACACCCUUUUGGCCCCUGGCUAAAUUGUUUUAUCCCAAUGCGGGCCCCCAAGUCAAAAAGUUUGGACACCACUGAGCUAGAAGAAAACACCUGUUAGCUUCUGGUGGGGAUAUCAUCCAAAAUUCAGUCAAGUUAUUAUUCACUGUGCACUACAAACAAAGUCCAGUAUUAGACCCGCACUGAAAAGAAAAAAUAUCAAAUGAUUAAGUCGGAACAAAAUCAUGAUUUGAUGUCAAUGUAAUUGACUUUUUGCCUCAUGCCUCACCUGAAGAAUGCACAAAGACAGUGAUAUUCCAGGACUGCCUUGUUGUACAUCUGCACAUUGUUUUUGAAAGUGGUAAUAAUGAAAUGCAGAGGCAUUAUUUGCUGUCAUAACGCAACGAAAACAAGUUUGACACCCCUGCCUUAAUGUUUCAGUCACACGCAGGAUUCUCACAGGAAUGAGGCAGAAAACAAGCUUUCAAUUACGGUAACAAGUGAUGAUGUAAUCUUGUUAUUGUAGUUUUACUCCUUUGUUCCUUUCAGUGUGGCGCUAAUGCAAGUCAACAAGCACUAGAGGGCGUCAUGUCAUCCAGACAAUUGAUUGAUUGAAGUCAACAUGUACGUGACCACUAGAGGGCGUCAUGUCAUCCAGACGAUUGAUUGAUUGAAGUCAACAUGUACGUGACCACUAGAGGGCGUCAUGUCAUCCAGACAAACAUGAGGAUGUUUUCAUUCAAAGUCGCUAACUGUCUGCAGCGACACAUUAACACUAAACAGAGUUACACUACUUUCCACCAUCUUUGUGUUGGUCAAACACCACAUCAGCACUUUCUGCACAAUCAUGUUGCAUUUAUUUUUUUACAUAUAUUUUGAUGAAUCAGCAUUUGAUCUCAUGGGGGACUUAAAUAUGACAGUCUUUUUUUCUAUGUGCACUUAUUUUACACAUGCACUACAUUUUUUUUUUUUUUAGCAUUUUGGGUUUACAUUCAUUAGAUUUUAUUGUUUGUGCAAACAUGUAUUACUUCAUGUUGCCAUGGUAAAGGUGACCUUCCAACAUUUGUAUCGUGUCAGGUUCUGUUUGGCCCUUGAUGCUUGCUCAAAAAGGUUCAUUAUGUCUUCUUUAUGCUUGUUUUGAAGCGCUGCUUGAAAUAAAUACCAACGCUACUGA